AUGGCGGCAUUUAAAGCUCCUCCGCUCUCAGCCUUCUUUCGUAAGGAGGAGGACAAUUUGGUGACUCAGGGCCUCACGGACGUGCAUGGCGUGGCCAUGUUCCACUCUUUGUACGAUGUGGGCGAUCUUAUUGGCCGCGGUGCCUUUUCGCUUGUUUAUCUAUGUCGAAGGAAAGAGACGCAGCAGAUCUUUGCUGUCAAGGUUAUCAAUAAGGCGCUGUGCGUCAAGAAAAAGACUUUGCGUGACGAAAUUACAGUUCUGCUUCGAGUCAAACACGCGAAUAUAAUUAGCCUUGAAGAGGUAUACGAAAGCGAUCAAGAGUUGUUGCUAGUUAUGGAAAGAGUUACGGGCGGUGAGCUGUUUGAUCGUAUCGUGCGCGUCGGCGUAUACUCUGAACGACAAGCGGCUGAGAUCGCCACUAAUGUAUUGCAGGCAGUAAAUUACCUUCACUCUUGUCACAUUUUGCACCGCGACAUCAAGCCAGAGAACAUUCUUUUAGCCAGCGGUGACAGCAGCGACGUCAAGUUAAGCGACUUUGGUAUUGCUAAAAUUCUUGAGGAUGAAGACGACGGCGCACGAUCUCGUGGCCGAGCGUACACUAGUUGUGGAACAGACUAUUACGUUGCACCAGAAGUUCUGAAUGGAGAUGGCUACGACAGUAAAGUGGAUUUGUGGAGUCUGGGCGUUGUUUUAUACAUCAUGUUGUGUGGAUUCCCUCCGUUCUCGGAGGAUGAAAACGGCUUAGAGUCCGUAUAUCUCAAAAUUCGCUCUGGCGCUUUAGACUUUCCUCACCCGUACUGGACAAACGUAUCAGAAGGAGCAGCCAAGGAUCUGAUUCGCAAUUUACUUAACGUAUCGGCACAAGAUCGCUUCAGCGCAGCGCAAGCACUUGACCACCCUUGGAUAAAGGGCGAGUACAGCGAGCAGCCGCUAUCAUCGGCUAUAAUGGAAAUGAAGCGCUUCAACCAAAAGCGGCGUUUCAACUAG